AAAUUGCCUGUCGUCAUUGUGUUACUGAUGGCAUUGAAGAUGGAACAAGAAACUGGGGAGAUGAUAGUGGAAGAAGUGAAACAGAAGAAGCACAAGGGGAAGCACGACAAGCCGAAGCCCUGGGAUGAGGAUCCUAACAUAGACCACUGGAAGGUUGAGAAAUUUGAUCCCUCAUGGAACCCAGAUGGCUUGCUUGAAGUCAGUUCCUUCUCUACCAUCUUUCCUCGUUACAGAGAAAAGUACUUACAAGAAGCUUGGCCAAUGGUGAAAGCAGCUUUGAAAGAGUAUGGCAUUGCGGCUGAAUUAAAUUUGGUUGAAGGUUCAAUGACAGUUUCAACAACAAGAAAGACGAGAGACCCUUAUAUAAUUAUCAAAGCCAGGGAUCUAAUUAAGCUUCUGUCAAGAAGUGUCCCAGCACCUCAGGCAAUCAAGGUACUGGAUGAUGAAAUGCAAUGUGACAUCAUCAAAAUUGGCAACUUGGUUCGCAAUAAGGAACGAUUUGUUAAAAGAAGGCAACGUCUUGUCGGUCCAAAUUCUUCCACUCUGAAGGCCCUUGAAAUAUUGACUGGUUGCUACAUUCUCGUUCAGGGAAACACUGUAGCUGCUAUGGGUUCAUUCAAAGGUUUAAAGCAAGUUAGGAGGAUUGUGGAGGACUGCAUACAGAAUCAAAUGCAUCCUGUAUACCACAUAAAGAUUCUCAUGAUGAAGAAAGAACUUGAGAAGGAUCCAGCACUUAAAAAUGAAAACUGGGACAGGUUUCUACCGAAGUUUAAGAAGAAAAAUGUUAAACAAAAGAAGGGUAAGAGUAAAGAAAAGAAACCAUAUACACCCUUCCCUCCUCCUCAGCAACCUAGUAAGAUUGAUCUACAAAUUGAAUCUGGAGAAUACUUCUUAAGCGAGAAGAAGAAAUUGGUAAAGAAAUGGCAAGAGAAGCAAGAGAAGCAGGCAGAAAAAACAGCUGAAAACAAAAGAAAACGAGAAGAAGCAUUCAUUCCUCCUAAGGAAUCUAUAAAGCAAGGCUCUGACAAAAUGGACAAUGACAAGGAAGAUGUAGCUACCCUUGCCAUGUCAUUGAAGAAAAAGGCCAAAGAAUUUGGGAAGCAAAAAUCUGUUGAGAAAAUAAAUCCAGAAGCAUACAUUGCAGCAACUGGAGAGCAGCCUGCCAAGAAGAAAAAGAAAUCCAAGCAUCCCUAGUUGAGAGGGGAUGUGCAUGUGGUUAGACGAAGCUCAGGUUUUAAAUUUUAUCCAGCUUUACUUGAUGGGCAUGAGCUUAAGUCUUAACUCUAAUUUCUUGUUGCCAUGAUUGAGAAAAACUUGGCAAAAUGGAUUAUAUCUGUAACACAUUUAUAUAAAAAUUGAAUCCAAAUAUUCUUCUAUAUGAAGUGGUUCAAUGGCAAACUGAUUGAAGAGGGGGGCAAGUGCUUUUUGUCAAGGUUGUUUCUAGCGCGUAGGUUUUUUGAUCGGGAUAUGAUGGUUUUUCUUGCCGUUUCUAGCGCGUAGUUACUUGACAUUUGCAUCUCAAAAGCAUUUUUGAGUUCAGCACUAAAAUCACUGAUUAUGUGUGAUAUUGUAAUCCUGUUGUGCUGUAUUGGA